AUGGCCGAACAUACCUACAAAUUCAACGUCGCCAUGAGCUGCGGCGGCUGCUCUGGCGCUAUUGAGCGCGUGCUAAAGAAGCUUGACGGCGUUAAAUCAUACAACGUGUCCCUCGAGAACCAGACCGCCGAGAUUGUCGCCGAAGACUCGCUGCCUUACGAAACCGUCCUGGAGAAGAUCAAGAAGACGGGCAAAGCUGUGAAGUCCGGAGAGGCAGACGGCGCCCCGAGGGACGUCUAG